AUGGUAUAUUUUUACGAUUCAGCCCCUCUAGGCGUAGCAAGGAAGUAUCAGCUCGUUACUGGGAAGGAUAAAUUCGAAAACGAUAUGCUAAUAAAGUGGGGUUACAAGGAAUUGAACUACGUGUGGUUUCACGCUGAUAAAUAUUCGAGUGGCCAUGUCUAUUUGAAGCUGCAACACGAUGAAAAGUCUUUGGAAGAAGUACCGCCGGAAGUGAUCAAUGACUGUUUACAGCUUUGUAAAUCGAUGUCUAUUCAGGGCAAUAAGAUGAAUCAAUGUACCAUCAUACAUACUCCAUGGACGAAUCUGAGGAAGAAUAAGUUCAUGAAACCAGGGGAAGUAUCUUUCAAGUCUUUACAGAGGGUACGGAGAAUGGAAAGCUUCGCUAGAGAUCAGCCGCUAUUGAAUCGACUGACCAAGACACGCGUCGAGCUGGCUGAGAAUGUGGAAGAGAUUCUGCAUCAUGCCAAGAAGACCAAAGAUGGUGACUUUUUCUACGACAUAUUGAUGACAACCGCGGAAGGCUGA